CUGAUGAUUUACGGAAAUGUUGUGCUUCAUGCGGGCUCUCUCCCUUGUUCUCGUCGCAGUCGUUUAAUGCAUUCUGCUGGCACUGGUUGCCAGCGUCGAUUUGUCGAUCAAGUGGUGCGUUCCAGUGCGAUCCGGUACGGGGCUGACCCACAACAGUCCACAGCACCACCUUGAUGCCGAGGCUGCAGCAAGAGCAGUCUAGCCAUGGACUCCAGCCACAUAGCCGUGAGAAUGGCACGUAGUCCCUCGCCCUCUGGAGCUUCCCAGUCUUCAUAUGGCAGCUUUGGAUCAAUCGAAGACAUUGUACACAUUCGCGUCGACGAGGAUUGCGGAGUCAACGAAUCCACUCCCUUGCUGGCGGCUACUCAGAGGACGAACAAGUCGCCCCCAUCCUCCCCAGCCUUCACCACAUCGCCCUCCCCCCGAAGCCGAGUCCUCACAAAAGACUGCCUUAAUUGGCAAUCUGUGGUGUUCCUGGUUAUGUGCGCCUCCGCCUUGGGACUGGCCUCGUAUUUACUCUGGCGACAAAGUUGACAAAGAAAUUAAACGACUGAAUCACUUUGCAUUGCUUGCAGCCCAAAUGGCGGACCUUGGCUAUCGGCUGAGUCUCAUCGAGCAUGACAUAUGGUCGGAAAUGGAUCUUCAGGGCCGGGGAACUCCAUUGGAUGCGACCAAUGUGUUCACCGUGUUGUUCACCCACACGGAGAGUGAGGAGUGCCGUGAGGAUUGUCCGGAGGUGUUACACAAACUGCAGAGCUCCCUUUUGGCGGAACUGCCCUACAAUUUUCUGAUCACCGGCGACUGUCAGGCCUAUAUGAUAUAUGGAUGGGAGUAUCAGAGCGACUUCUCAAAGGAUCUGCCAGGAGGUAGUUACCUAGUAAUUGCCUUCGUGGGCAACUUUGACCGCUUUUCGCCCAGUGAUUGCCAACUGAAGGCGGCUCAGGCUCUGAUCCUGGAAUCCCUGAAACGCAAGAAGCUGCAACCGGACUACGAACUAGUUGUGGUGGGCAACCAUGCGGAGGCACUGCAGCAGGAGCUCCAGCACUGGCCACGCUAUGCCAGCCACCGCAGGAUUAAGUGAAUGAAAGCACGGGUUCCAAAUUAUUCCUCUCGUUUAUUGUACGCCAAACACAAACAGUAUACAAAGAAGCGCAGGAUGAGUAAAGCGGGCGCCACCGAAAAGCGAAGCGGGGAUCCCCCGGAUCGGCUCUGGCCGGGAUCGGGGGACCAG